AUGAAUUCGAAAAAACUCUGGGACUCAAUGAAAGCCAUCACCAACAUGGCACCAAGCAAGGAGACCCGCAUCGAUGCUCAGCACAUCUACCUCCUCAGAGCUAGACUGCUGAAACACUGGCCUCAAAAAACAUCUACUCUACUCGUCUAUGAGAACUCUGAUUGGCGGUUCAGCUUAGUGGACAAGUCAGUGCCCGAGAACAGUAGCAAAACAGCAAGCAAAGAAGUGAAGAUGUCACAUAUCAGAAAUCGACUCUUUCAACAAGCCUCCCUCGCUGUAGGAAACCCCCUUCACAUCUCAGAGAGGUAUUCACAGGAACUACGGGAAUUGAUCAAAGAAAUGCUCAGCUCUGACCCUGAAGACAGACCUUCAGCUGACGAGAUUCUAGCAAAACCCUUCCUGACAGAUGCAGUAAAGAGAAAUAAGAGAUUUCUAGAAGCACUUGAACGAAGGUUCAUCAACUCCAUCAAUACCUUUGAGGAGGCCUGCAAUAAGGGCUAUGGAAACUUUGAGACCUUAGUUAAAGAGUGGGGGGAAACAACAACUUCACUAGAGGAGAUACACCGUAAAUGCACUAUAGGCAGUCUGUCUGGUGCAGUGAUUGGGACUGCUGGUGGAAUCACUGCAGAGGUUGGUGCAAUAUUGGCACCAUUCACAUUUGGAGCAUCUCUGAUUGUUACAGCUGUGGGUGUUGGUGUGGGAGUUGCAGGUAGUGUAACAGGUGCCGCAUCCAGCAUAACCAAUACAGUAAAACAAAGACCACUCCGUCAGAAUCUUGAAAACAUUCAGCGGGAAUUUACAAAUGUGAGCACACCAAUUCUCGAUUCGCUGAAUGCACUGAGAAGGGCACUGAGAGUAAUCCAAAAGUUCAGGGAUUUUGUCAGUGACUCUUCUGACACUGUAAAAAUGUUAUGCAGUGUAGACAAAAGAAGAGUAGUGUGUGGGAAAGAACUCAUGAAUCUGGGUCUUCUGCUGGCAAAUGUUGGCAGAAUUGCAGCUCAGACUGCCAGAGUAGGACGAGCCGCAGCAGAAGCGGUGGCUGCAGUCACAGGUGUGUUGAGCGGACUCUUAGUCAUCCUUGACGUCGCCUUCAUCGUGGUGGAUUCUGCUGACAUUCACCAGAUGAAUCAGGGAAGAGUAAAUUAUCCAGAAAAGGUCAAAUCAAGUUUACUCAAGUCCAUUGCUCAGAUGAGGAAAACACAUAGAGAUCUUGUCAUUGUCUUACGGGAAAUUAAAGAAACAAGAAACGAACUAGAAAAGUAUAUAUAG